AAGGGCUAGCGUCACCGGCCUGCAACGCCCGGCGUUUUCCCGAAGUUCGGACUUCCCGGCCCUGACCAGGGGGCAGUUCCUGGGGAAGUGGCUCCAGCCGGGACGGCCGGGCCUGCAGGGGCGGGGCCGGGGCUUGGCUCCCAGUUCCGGAGGCUCCGCUGAGAAGCCGGGCGGCAGCAAGACCGCUUCUCCUGAGCCGCCGAACUGGAGUUGGAGCUGGAAUUCCGUGGGGCCUGGGCCCCGGCUGCCGGGCAGCGGCUCCUCGGGGCCGAGGCCGCGGCGGAGAAUGAGGCGGUGGCGGUGGCAGGCUCCCGGCGGAGCCGCCAGGCUGGAAGCAUGCUGCGCUGGUUCAUCACCGUGAUCUUGUGUGCUGCCUUCCUGGGGCUGGGAAUGAGUGUUGCUAUACUGGGACCGACAUUUCAAGAUUUGGCAACAAAUGUGAACCGCAAUAUUAGCAGUCUUUCUUUGAUUUUUGUGGGCCGUGCCUUUGGAUUUUUAAGUGGCUCAGUGAUUGGUGGAGUUCUUCUUGACAUUAUGAAUCAUUUUCUACUUUUGGGGGUGUCAAUGUUGACCACCACAGUUGGUCUUUAUCUUGUUCCAUUUUGUAAGACAGCAGUAUUGCUGAUUGUCAUGAUGUCCGUCUUUGGUGUUUCAGCUGGCGUUCUGGAUACAGGUGGUAACGUCCUGAUCUUGGCUCUUUGGGGGGACAGAGGAGCCCCACAUAUGCAGGCCUUACACUUCAGUUUUGCCUUGGGUGCCUUUUUGGCUCCACUGCUGGCUAAGUUGGCAUUGGGCACGACGGUGUCUGCUGAAAACCACACAGAGCCUGACUCUACCCAUUCUGCCCUCAACCAGUCAUCUGAAGCUGACUUAGAAUCUCUGCUUGGAGUACCUGACAACACGAAUCUACUGUGGGCGUAUGCUGUUAUCGGUACUUAUGUUUUUGUAGUUGCUAUCUUUUUUUUGGCUCUGUUUUUAAAGAAGAGCUCAAGGCAGGAAAAAGCAAAAGCAUCUGCUCAGAGGUCUCGAAGAGCUAAAUACCACAGUGCCCUUCUUUGUCUCCUUUUCCUGUUCUUCUUUUUUUAUGUUGGAGCUGAGGUAACAUAUGGCUCUUACGUUUUCUCGUUUGUGACCACCCACGCAGGCAUGACGGAAAGUGAAGCGGCUGGGUUGAACUCCAUCUUCUGGGGGACCUUUGCAGCCUGCAGGGGCCUAGCAAUCUUUUUUGCUACAUGUUUACAACCUGGAACCAUGAUUGUGUUAAGCAACAUUGGCAGCCUGACAUCAUCCUUAUUGUUGGUGCUUUUCGACAAGAGCCCAGUUUGUCUCUGGAUAGCGACUUCGGUGUAUGGGGCCUCGAUGGCAACCACGUUUCCCAGUGGUGUUUCUUGGAUUGAGCAGUACACAACCAUCCAUGGGAAAUCUGCAGCAUUUUUUGUAGUCGGUGCUGCCUUGGGAGAAAUGGCUAUUCCUGCAGUAAUUGGAAUUCUUCAAGGACAAUACCCUGAUUUGCCUAUAGUUUUGUACACCUGUUUGGGGGCAUCGAUAGCCACUGCUCUUUUAUUUCCCAUGCUCUAUAAAUUAGCCACCUCACCUCUCAGUCAACAGCGAAAAGAACACAGGCAAAGCGAGGACCAGAAAGCUUUGCUGUCUAGUUCUGAGCUAAAUGACUAUGAGGAAGACAAUGAAGAAGAGGAUGCAGAAAAAUGGAAUGAAAUGGAUUUUGAAGUGAUCGAAAUGAAUGAUACAGUGAGGAAUUCUGUAAUAGAGACAUCUAAAAAUAUUCUGAUGGAGCCCUUGGCUGAAGUCUCCAGUCAGUUCCACUCCAGUGCAGUGGUACUGGAGUCCCCGCCAGUUGAUAGUGGCCAGUCCCUUGUGAAUCACUUGCAAGAAACCAGGCUAAAAGGGACUAACACCUAGAGAAGAUGGAUUAUUCUGACCUCCUUGAAUAAUCUCCAGUUGUAAAGAAGCCAGUCAGAGCAGAGCAUUAACAGAUUUUCAGCAUGCUUUGGGGAUCAAAAUUUCUAGGUCAGAGUGUAGCAAAUGCUACAAAGUUUUGAAAGGUUCUGUAAUUCUAGAGUUUUCCAUAAAGAACAAAUGGUCUCGUGGGGCAGGAUCUUAUUGUGAGGCUAGUGUUUGGCACGUGGCUGAUUAGGUAAUGUUUUAUGGUCUCCACCCCUCAAAGCAUGCAAAGAAGGUGUUUGUUGUUGAGAAGUUGGGUGCUGUUCUAAUAGAACAAAACCACCUAGUAGUUGAAUUGAUUAGCUGAACAAAUGAUCAGUCAUCAGUAUUAUACCAGGGAAGUAGAGGAGUGUCAUUUCAUAAAAGAGCAACUUUGAAAAUGGACAGAGAUUUUUAUUAAUUGCUUUGCCCUCCCUGUAGUGUUGCGCCGGAGAAUGCUGAUUCCUCAUUUGAUUUCUGAUUUCUAUGAGGAGAACACAAAACAGGGCCCUAGAGACCCGGCUUCAGGACUGCUGCUUACUAGUUUUCUGGCCCUGCACUCAGUCCUUAAAUAGGCCUUGUUUAUCUGUCUCCUGAUCUGUGAUUCUUUUAGUGAAAAUGAGAUGAUUUUCAAACUAGGAAUCCAUAAGUUUCAAAGUUUGUGCAAGGAAAAAAAAAGUAAAAAAAAAAAGUUUGUGCAGUGUAUCUGUUAGAAAUAACGUAAGUGCCGUCCAUUCUUCAUUUCAAAUGAGAAGUGAAACAAAAGUGAUAGUUUUGAGAAUACUGAUUAUGAAUACAUGUCAGUUUAAGAGACUCAGUGUUUAAUAAUUACCUGCAAAACACAUUUUUCAGUACUGUGUUUCAUCAGUUCUAAGAUGCACCUUUUUUCACAUUUUUAACAUCUCUGAAAUCAGAAUAUGUCUUAAAGUCAGUGGUCACUUAACAUUUUGUGACAAAAUUUAAUUGACAGUUAUCCAUGUACAUAUACAAAAUAAUGUUGCAUGUUACAGUCGGUGUCUUACAGUAAUUCAUUCAAUUAUGGAGAUUUUACUAUUUUUACAGGUACUUUAAAAAGUUAUUUUUAUAUGCUGAUUUUCUUGAUGUUCAAGUGGGAUUUGGAGAUGCAAUGUUCCAAGUUUAAAAGCUGCUUGAGAGUUACUAUGUUAGUAGUGGGGCCUACCUUAGUAAUGAAGUCUGGGUCUGGGCCUUGCUCUUACAGGGUUUGUUCUUUAUUGAGUCUGGCUGGUAAUUACAUUGUAAGCACUGUAAACUACGCUGCUAGUUUAAUUUACAAAGAGGCACAGUCUUUUCCAGUAUUUGGAAUAUUUGUUUCACCCACCCAGGGCUCUUCCUUCCUGACUUUGAAAUACCUGGGAAACCAAAAUAAUGAUUAGAAAGGGGCUUGGUGGGCGCCUGGGCGGCUCAGUUGGUUAAGUGACUGCCUUUGGCUCAGGUCAUGAUCCUGGAGUCCCAGGAUCGAGUCCCACAUCGGGCUCCCUGCUCAGCAGGGAGUCUGCUUCUCCCUCUGACCCUCCCCCCCUCAUGUACUCUCUCUCUCUCAUUCUCUCAAAAUAAAUAAAUAAAUCUUAAAAAAAAAGGGGGCUUGGUGGCCUAGAGGUCAGGGAUCACAAAGGGUACUUCAUAUGAGUGUGGCAAAGCUGGUGUGAGCUCUCCUUUGAUAAAUGACUAGCACUGAUGACAGCUUUUGUUUACUUCUCUUUACCAUGUUUUAUGGUGAGUAACAUUUAAUUUCUACCUGUUUGCAGUAUGUUUGCUUUCUCUUACUUACCUAAUUUCUACAAAUUUGCCUUUGUUUCUUCUCGAGUGAAAUGUAUCUUUUUUGACCACUGCUCAUUCACCUUCAAUACCUGCCAUAAUAUGGGUUUGUAUAUAACCUAGCAAUUUUGGAGAGGGCCGGUGGAGAAAUUAACAGUAAAAAGCGUAUUCUUCUUGCUCUUUUUGUAUUGUACUUUUCUCUUAGCUACAACUUGGAGACCACCUGUGUUCCAUUUACUGCUUUUUCUCAGGUUGUUGGAAUUCAGGCAGUAGAUGCUAUUUGGCAGCUGGGAGGCUUGCUAGAACAGGGAUUCUAUCUGCAGCAUCUACAUUUAAUGGGUAGAAGAUGCAGCUCAGGGAGAAAAGGAUGAUAAUAAGAACAUGGCAGAAAAUUUGGAAAUCCACACUGGAAAGUCCACUAGAGUUCCACAAACCAAAAUGUGAAUGGCCAUAUGAGAUUGCAGGCAUUGUUAAAGUUUGAUGUAUUUCCAUAUUGGAAGGAUAAGACUUCGUACAAUUCCAAGAAUUAGCAUUCAUUCUAAUAAUCAGUCCUUAGGUAAGUGUCUGCUGAUAUACAAGUAGCCAAUACUGAAGUUUUCUAUUGCUGAAUAACAAAUUUAGCAGUUUACAACAGCAUUUUUGUUUAUUUUAAGUAGGCUCCACGCCUAGUGUGGAGCCCAACGUGGGGCUUGAACUCACAACUGUGAGAUUGAGACCUGAGCUGAGAUCAAAAGUUGGUUGCCUAACCGACCGAACCAUCUAGGCCCCCUAACAACAGAUAUUUUUUGUCUCACAGUUUCUUGAGUCAGAAAUCUGGGCAUGACUUCACUGGGUCCUCUGUUUAGGGUCUUGUGGGGCUGCUGCAGUCAAGCUGUUGGAUAGAGCUAUGCUCCAUUUUGGAGCUUAGGGUUCACUUCUAGGGCCAUGUAUGUGGUUGACAGUAUUCAGUUCCUUGCUGUGGCCUGCUCAGGUCCCUGUUUUUUGCUGGCUGUGAGCUCCCAUCAGUCCCAGUUCCUAGAACCUCCCACGGUUUUUUUUUGCCAGGCAGCCCUCUGUAGAUCUCUCACAACGUGGCAGCCCAUUUCUUCAAAGCCAGCAGGAGAAUGGCUUUCUCUCACACCAGUCUGCUAAGUUGGAGUCUUCUUUCUUUCUUUCUCUCUCUCAAGAUAUUUAUUUAUUUAUUUAUUUAUUUAUUUAUUUAUUUAUUUAUUUAUUUGAGACAGAAUGAGA